UGUGUACUAGGUUUUGUGGAAGGGGUUGGUCUGUGCUGUUUAUACUUCACAGUUCCUCUUCUGCUCUUAAAAGGACUCCAUUGAUUUGGAAGCUUUUAAAGCUCCAAAUCUGUUCUUUUUGCGACCUUUUCAAUUCAGAAUCAGUUUUUCAGUUCUCUUUUUCAUUGUUCUUGUGUCUGAGAUCAAGAACAGCCACAGAUAAAAAAAAAAUGCUGUCUUCAAAUGUUGUUCCAUCAUCAUCAUCCCCUCUCACUUUCACCAAACCCAAACCCAAUUUCUUCCUCAAUGCAUCUCCGCAUCUCAAACCAAAUCUUCUCACAAGGUUUCAGACCCAACACAGACCCAAUCCUCUUCAAAGUUCCAAACUUUCUUUCGCCCCAACAUCUCAGAUCCAACAUGCAAUCUCAAAGGUAAGAUCUUUCAACGGAUUCCUUCAACCCUCGUCAAAACCCAGCCUUCAAAUCGUUAAGGCUGCGUCUGAAACCAAUCCCGGAGGAGGAGAAAAUGUUGCCCCCAAAUCGAAGAAUCUCAAACUUGCUCUGGUGUUUGGGCUAUGGUACUUCCAAAACAUCGUGUUCAACAUUUACAACAAGAAGGUGUUGAACAUAUUCCCUUUCCCAUGGCUUCUUGCUUCUUUUCAGCUCUUGGUUGGGUCCAUUUGGAUGCUGGUGCUUUGGUCCUCCAAGCUCCAACCUUGUCCCAAAAUCUCGAAACCCUUCAUCGUUGCUCUCCUCGGACCUGCUUUGUUCCACACAAUAGGCCACAUUUCAGCGUGUGUGUCAUUCUCCAAGGUGGCUGUGUCCUUCACCCAUGUCAUCAAAUCUGCAGAACCGGUUUUCUCUGUCAUAUUUUCUUCCGUCCUCGGUGAUAAGUACCCCAUUCAGGUUUGGCUCUCCAUUCUACCCAUUGUGCUUGGUUGUUCUUUAGCUGCUGUUACCGAGGUGUCUUUCAAUGUACAAGGAUUGUGGGGUGCCCUUAUCAGCAAUGUUGGUUUUGUGUUGAGGAACAUCUACUCCAAGAAAAGUUUGCAGAAUUUCAAGGAAGUUGAUGGCUUAAACUUGUAUGGUUGGAUUACUAUUCUUUCAUUCCUCUACCUUUUUCCAGUGGCUGUUUUUGUUGAAGGGUCUCAGUGGAUCCCUGGCUAUUACAAGGCCAUUGAAGCUAUUGGCAAACCAUCCACAUUUUAUUUCUGGGUGCUGUUAUCUGGGGUUUUCUACCAUCUUUAUAACCAAUCAUCGUACCAAGCACUUGAUGAAAUUAGUCCAUUGAGUUUCUCUGUGGGAAACACAAUGAAAAGAGUGGUGGUGAUUGUAUCUACGGUUUUGGUGUUCAGGAACCCUGUUCGACCUCUUAAUGGCCUUGGUUCUGCCAUUGCAAUUCUUGGGACCUUCCUGUAUUCUCAGGCCACAUCCAAAAAGAAAGAAAAGAAAAUUGAAGAGGAAAAGAGUAGUUAGAGAAAAAAAGCAUUACAGAGUGAACAAAAAAACUGUUUCAUUGUUUUAGUGUCACUGUUAGCAUUGUUAGAACUAGACAUCAAAUAAGAUCUUCCAUUUUGGUUUCUUCUGAAGUACUGCCUAUGAUUUUUCUAUAGAUAUUUUGAAGAUCCCUAUCUCUGUUUGGUUUGCUUUCAUGAAUGCAAUGUCUUCUAUCUGAUCUAUAUCAUGUUGGUUAAUUUACACGUCUGUUUAUGAAGAAA